GGCGGGGCGGAUCACGUCGGGAAGAUGGCGCUGUGUGUGCUGCGGAACGCCGUACGCGGAGCGGCGGCGCUGCCCAGGCUGAAGGCAUCCCUCGGGGCCAAUAUCUGCAGGCCUGCGUAUAGCUCCUUGUCCAAUCACAAGUAUGUUCCUCGGAGGGCGGUGCUCUAUGUGCCUGGGAAUGAUGAAAAGAAAAUACGGAAGAUUCCAUCCCUAAAAGUAGACUGUGCUGUGCUGGACUGUGAGGAUGGUGUGGCUGAAAAUAAGAAGAAUGAAGCUCGACUGACAAUUGUAAGAACUCUUGAAGAUUUUGACCUGGGCCCUACAGAAAAGUGUGUGAGGAUCAACUCGGUGUCUAGUGGUCUGGCUGAAGCUGACCUAGAGACAAUUCUGCAGUCCCAAGUUCUUCCCUCUAGUGUGAUGUUACCAAAGGUGGAAGGUCCUGAAGAAAUCCGUUGGUUUUCAGACAAAUUCUCAUUCCACUUAAAAGGCCGAAAACUUGAACAGCCAAUGAAUUUAAUCCCUUUUGUGGAAACUGCAAUGGGUUUGCUCAAUUUUAAGGCAGUGUGUGAAGAAACAGUGAGGAUUGGGCCUCAAGUGGGUCUGUUCCUAGAUGCAGUCGUUUUUGGAGGAGAAGAUUUCCGAGCCAGCAUAGGCGCAACAAGCAAUAAGAACACCCAAGACAUCCUCUACGCCCGACAGAAAAUUGUCGUCAUAGCGAAGGCCUUUGGCCUACAAGCCAUAGAUCUUGUAUACAUUGACUUCCGGGAUGGAGAUGGACUUCUCAAACAGUCAAGAGAAGCCGCCGCUAUGGGCUUCACUGGUAAACAGGUGAUCCACCCCAACCAGAUCGCUGUGGUACAAGAGCAGUUUACUCCGACCCUGGAAAAAAUUCAGUGGGCUGAAGAACUGAUUGCCGCCUUCGCAGAGCACCAGCGACUGGGGAAGGGAGCCUUUACUUUCCGGGGAAGUAUGAUCGACAUGCCAUUACUGAAGCAGGCCCACAACAUUGUUACGCUUGCCACAUCCAUCAAGGAAAAAUGAUCUGUUAAAUGAAGCCCUCCUCAGGCGGGCUGAAUGGGUACAGUGGGUUUCUCAAAGACAAGCCACAGUGCCCAGGGUAGCGUGUUAGCAUGCCUGAUCAGGACCUUAUUUCAUUUACAGUUCGAGUUA